UGGCUUAUGGUUUAUUGCAAUUGUUUGUAGGAACUACAGAAUUUACAAGCACGUUAUUUUACAUGUGCUGAUCUGUAGUUUAUAAAAAAAUCAACCUGAAUAUUUCAAUAGUUUAUACGGUAAGUUACAUCAUUGAUCGAGAAAUGUGUCGACCAAUCAAAGACAUACGGUGUCCAUAUAAAUGAAGAUAACGUUGUCAGAGAAAAACACAUACAACGAGCAUUACUCAACAAUGUUGUCGUGGCUUCUUAUACUGAUGAUUUUUCAUGAAGGAGUAACUCCCGGGAUUUGCCAGGAACCACCUGUAAUGGAACCUGAUAUGCCACAGGAUUACGAAGAUGACAAGGUUGGAUCAGACCUUGAGGGGAUGAAGACAUUGUUUUCAGAUGUAUUAAAGGAGUAUGACACGAGAAUCAGACCACGUGUUGAUCAGUCACAAACUGUCAACGUGAACUCAACUUUCGUUCCUCAGAGUCUUCUAGAGUUUGACACAUCCGAACAGAAAUUUUCUAUUCUCGGUUAUUUCCGUCUACGUUGGCAAGAUGAAGUUAUUACAUGGAACCCGAGUAAUUAUGCAGAAACUAACUACGUAAAAAUACCCGUGUAUGAAAUAUGGACCCCAAGUAUUAUCAUUUUAAAGGCUUUUGAUGGAGAUGGUGUUGUUGGCAGUGCUAAUACAGAUAUUUCUAAAAUAUCUUCCGAUGGAUUUGUUCAAUGGGUGCCAGAGGGUAUCUACAGCGUUGUAUGUCACGUGGAUAUUCAGUACUACCCAUUUGACGAGCAAGUAUGUACAAUUACAUAUUAUGUAUCAGAUGAAACUAUCACAACAGUAGUGUUGGACCACCCGGAAGAUGUUAGAUUGGACGAGUUCACAGAAAAUUCUGCCUGGAGUAUAAUGAGUGUGAACAAACGACGCUAUCUUCUGUACAACACGUACCACAUCGAUGUCGAGUUUAAACUCCAGCGCAGAGCAAACUUCGCCACCUUUACCCUAAUCAUGCCAUUACUCAUGCUGGCGUUUUUGAACAUUUGUAUAUUCUUAGUUCCCAUUGGCUCUGGUGAAAAAGGUUCAUUUGCUAUCACCAUCUUUUUAUCGUAUGGUAUUUUCGUCACUAUUGUCAGUGACACCCUACCAGAUAACUCUCUCCAGGUUUCCUACUUUCUCUUGUUUAUUAUCGUCCUACUGUUUAUGAGUGUCCUCUCUGUCCUGUAUACAAUUAUUCAGGCAAAGCUCAUGUCAAGCAUUGGGAAUAAAGAGUGCAGCAUCAGUUGUCUCAGAAACAAAAAGAAACAUCCUCGAAACAAAGUCAUGCCGACCAUUGAUACAAUAGAAGGAGUUGUCAAUGUAAAGUCUGCGGAAGUUAGUGAUACCGAUAUAUAUGAGGACGAUGAUGCUGACGAAGACACAUACACUUGGGGUAUGUUUCUUGAACGGUUGGACACCAUUUGUUUUAUUGUCUUCUUUGCGAUUAUUCUCAUAUCUACCGCGGGGUUCUUCAGUCUCAUGCUUCGUAGAAUUAGUCAGUCAACACUGAGUUAAAUUUAGAGUUUUACCUUUCAAUAUUCACUGUAUGUAGUUCGAUUACUGCAAGCAACAUUUAAUUUAUGAACAUCCUGGAAACCUUAUGACAUUAUGUAGACUUAUGAUGAACAAUGUCACUCAGAUACAAGAUCUCUGAAAAAUGAAGAAUAUCACAGUUUAUGCAAUUUGAAUGAAACCAUUUAUCAAACAUUGAAAGAAUAUCACUUUAUGACACGUUUAAAAGGUAUGACCACUCUUUUCUGAAGAGUAUUCAAAUGGGUGGUGUAGGGUAAUAUUUUAUACAUACUUCAGAAGCAAUCAUGUUGCUUGUGCAAUUUCUGAAUGCUAAUAUUUGUCUCUUCACAAUAAUCAAUUUGAAAACAUUUUUUAUAAGGAUUAUAUUAUAGAUUAUUUAGAGUUUUCUCAUAUCUGAAAAAGAGUUUUCAAAACUAAUAAUACCCAUAUUUUACGUCAGAAGUUUUCAUAUAAUAACGCGUACACCGUACAGAAACGUCGUAUACAGGUGUCCUUUAAAACAUAUAUCUGACCUAUGGUGUCAAUUUUUGAGUUCCUUUUAGUGCUCAAUAAAGUGGCCAUACUCUAAGUUGUUCCACUAACUUAAUAAUGUCAUCGGAAAUGGUUUACUCUGAUUUCGAAAAAUGAAUAUUAUUUUUUCAAAAAUAGGACAAAGCUCUACAACCCAUAGCUCUUUGAUAGCAUAAAAUAUGUGGAUUUUCGAGUAGCGCAAUAGUUAGAAAAAUGAAAUAUUUCAAAAGAAUUUCAAUGAUGAAAAUAACGAUAUUGCCUCUACCUGUGAUCGUUUUGGAAAUGUAUUAAAAGCUACCAAUCGGAAAUGAUGACGAGGACCUUGAUAUUUUGUCUGGGGCAUUGUCUUAGUGUUUUCUACAAACUUUAAUUAUUGAUAGCUCUAGGGUCCUUUGGGACCACUUUCAUAGCCUUAGAAAGGAAAACACAUUUAAAUCAUUUUAUGUGGCAUUGAGCUGUAUGAUUUUCUAGUUGACCUCAACAAAGAUAAAUUAUGUCCCAAACGUAAAAAAUAGCGCCACCGCCCUUAUUUUACACAGACACUUGGGGUUUGGGGCUCAAAACGCCUU